CUCUCCCACCAAUAUGAAACCCACCUUCCCAUUAACCCCCUAACCAACCGCCCCCUAACUGCUCCCCCCUUCUCCUUCUCCUCCUUCUUUCCCUCCACUAUUCAUAUCACCUUUUCACUCCCCCUAAGGAAAAUCCCAAGAAACCAUUCUUCCACUGUGUGAAAUGAUGAAAUGGAAGAAAGACAGAGCUUCAGCUUCUGCUUCCUCAUCAUCUCAUCACUCCCUCAUCACUCAUGUGUUUCCGGUUUCUUGGUUUUCAAAGUUCAAGCAAAAGAAUCUGAGCUCUCAUCAGUAUCAAGCCACAACAAAAGCUAUCAAGCAUAAAGGUGUGGGGAAGCAGGACUUACCUUCUCCGAGCUUGUCGGUGCAUAGUUCCGGGUUGAAGGAAGGGAGAUUUUACAGCAGAGAGGAUGAUCCUUACUGGAGGCUUUCGUUUAGCGAGGACAGGAUUGAAGGCGAGAAGAGUACAGCAACAGCGGGCAGGAAUUCCUUUUCUUCUGCUUCAAUCAAUGAGCUUGAGGUUCCAUUUUCCAGAAUUGUAGAUCCCAUGGUUAAUGGGAAAACAAAGUCCCUGAAAGAUGAAAAGUUAAGGAAAAUGAGCAGAAGAGCAUUAGAGGAGAGACUAGCAGAAAUGGAAAUAGGAUGUAAUGGAGGAGGAGAAGAGAUCAUACCCAAGUCAAUCGAGAAAGAUAUAUUCGAAAUUGAACCAGAAAAGGAAGUCCAAAGGGACUACUUGUUUGAGGGUUCAAGUUUGGAGGAAAGCAAUCCAAUUUCUGAGGAAGAAUUUGGAUCUGAGAGAGAUAAGUUGGAAGAAAUGAAGAUCAAUCAGGAAAGGAAAUCCAUUCAUAUUCCCAGGCAUUACCAGAGGAGAAGGAGAAAGCAAGGUGUCAAAGUUGGAGCUUAUUCUCCCAGAACAGUUGCCAAGAUUGAGUGCAAGAUCAAAGCUUUGGAAGACAUGAAGAGGUCAAGGAUGAAGAUGAGAAAGAAGAUGAAGGAGAAAGACAGAACAGCCUUUGACAGCUUUGCUGUGGUGAAGAGUUCAUUCAACCCAGAACAAGACUUCAAAGAUUCAAUGGUGGAGAUGAUCACACAGAUAGGGAUCAAACAGCCAGAAGAACUCGAAGAGCUCUUGGCAUGUUACCUGACAUUGAAUUGUGAUCAAUACCAUCAUAUCAUCAUCAACGUCUUCCGGCAGGUAUGGUUUGAGCUGAACCAAGCCUAUGUCAGUGCUCAUAUCCAGAAUAACUUCUGCUGUGAUCAUCUUCAUAAGCUUACUUAAAAUGCUGUAAAUAAAUAUUAUGUACUUCUCUAAACUAAUGCAUUUUGUUACUGGAAUCAGCUGAGCUUGAAACUAUGCAAGAAGUUUAAUUUUC